CUAUCUGGAGGUUUACAUAGAUGCUAGGAAAGUCAGUUUUUGUUACUUUGCUUCUCAAAUAUCUUACCCCGCGUGCCUGUAUCGACGUUGAAUUCCAGACACUUAAGAUUUCUGUUCACCGGUGAUUAGUGACAGAAGGAAAGGAAUUAAGAUCAAUCAAAAAUGAAUUGUUUUCAUUUAGAUGACUUCCUUGCAGGGUGGAUUGGAGGAGCUUCCAGUGUUAUUGUGGGUCAUCCGCUGGACACAGUCAAGACUCGUUUACAAGCUGGGAAAGGAUACAAGAACACCCUUCACUGUGUCCUCCAAAUCUACAGAAAGGAAACGGUGGCUGGCUUCUUCAAGGGUCUCUCCUUCCCGCUGGCCAGCAUCACCGUGUAUAACUCAGUGGUGUUUGGGUUCUUCAACAACACACAGAGGGUUAUUAGCAAGUUCCGCCAUGGUGACGAGAGGCAGCCGUGUGGCAUGCUGGACCUGACCCUGGCCAGCAUGUUGACAGGGCUGAUGUCAGUGGGACUCGGAGCGCCGGUCGACCUGGUUAAGAUCCGACUGCAGAUGCAGACUCUUCCCUGUUUAGCAGAGAACCUGAACCUCGCCGGGACGACCGGAAACGUGAACGGUAACAUCGCCGUGCGCUCCAUGACUCUCCAGGGCCAGCCGACCUACAGAGGGCCCAUCCACUGCAUCAGCUCCAUACUGCGGACUGAGGGGAUCCGGGGGCUUUACAGAGGAGCCGGGGCCAUGGUCCUGAGAGACGUCCCUGGGUACACACUGUACUUCAUCCCCUACGCGUUGUUUCGUCGCUGGCUAUCCUCUGAAGGGAGGUCAUCACCUCAUCCCUGUUCUAUAUGGGUGUCUGGAGGACUGGCAGGUUCUAUCUCGUGGGUCACGGCUACUCCAGCUGACGUGGUGAAGAGCAGACUACAGGCUGACGCUCUCCACGCUAGGAAAUACAGAGGGAUUGUCCACUGCAUCGUCCAGAGCUACAAGACCGAGGGGAUACAUGUCUUCUUCCGCGGAGCCUCAGUGAACGCUAUCCGAGGCUUCCCAAUGAGUGCCACCAUGUUUCUGGGCUAUGAACUCUCUCUGCAGUUCUUCAGGGGUCUCUAGUGUCUACACCAGGAAUAUGAUACAGUGCAGUAUGUCCACUGAAUGACACGUUAUCUUGACCACUAUCCUCUUGUCCUUGAACCUCCCCCAAAGGCUUUCACCUGGAAGAUCAUUUAAAUCCUUGCGAAAAGAAAGUGGGGAGCAACUUGACUUGACAUUUUCUAGUUGAGAAUUAUCUCCACUAUUGCCAUAAUACAAUGUAUUUGUAAAAUGUAAAUACAAAUUUCUUAUGUUAAGAAAAUAUCUUAUUAAAAGUGCCAUACAUGAAUUCACAAAUGCAUACAUUUUAAAUAUGUUGUGCUAUAAUAUAGAGUAACCGUAUGUUUCAUGUUUUUAGCUGUACUGCAUAAAUUACCUAGUUAUUAGUACCCAACAGUUAACCAGUUCUAACCUCAGUAAUGAUGCGCACAUUAAUCAAAUGUAUUAUAUGUUGGUUCCAGGCUUUUAAGUUGUUGUUUUUUUUUAAAGUGUUUUAUCUUUGUAAAUAAGUAUAAGAGAAAUUAAAUGUAAUUCCACAAGGA